GUAUUUGCCGACGUACCCGGAACUGUUUCCAAGGUUUCGUCAAGUUCGGGUUGUGGCGCGGUGACUGGUCCUACGGGGAGCGUAGGCAACCGGUAUCUUCCCAGGCUGGCAAGAGCGCCCCCUUCUCCCCGGCUUCGGGGACCCAACGGCAGUGAUGGCUCCGGUGUCUGGUUCCCGCAGCCCGGAGAGGGAGGCCUCGGGCUCCAGGGUGAGGCGUCGCAGUUCGUCGAGGAGCCCUAAGCCUAGCAAAUCCGCCCGGUCCCCGCGGGGCCACCGCUCUCGCUCGCACUCUUGUUCUCGGUCUGGGGAUCGGAAUGGCCUCAGCCAUCAGUCAAGUGGCCUGGGCCAGAGCUCCCGAAACCAGCCCUACCGCUCCCGCUCGCGGUCACGCUCUCGAGAGCGGCCCUCUGCGAUGCGGGGCACCCCCUUCUCUUCUGCCUCCUCGUCCGCCUAUUAUGGCGGCUACUCACGCCCCUACGGGAACGACAAGCCUUGGCCUAGCCUCUUGGACAAGGAGAGGGAGGAAAGCCUGCGGCAGAAGAGAUUAAGCGAGAGAGAGAGGAUUGGAGAAUUGGGAGCUCCUGAAGUAUGGGGACUUUCUCCAAAGAAUCCAGAACCAGACUCUGAUGAACAUACACCAGUAGAGGAUGAGGAACCAAAGAAAAGCACCACUUCAGCUUCUACUUCAGAAGAAGAAAAGAAGAAGAAGAAGAAGGAUAGUCACUCAAAAGAAAGGUCCAAGAAAAGAAGAAAGAAAAAGUCAACUAAAAGAAAACACAAGAAUUAUUCUGACGAUAGUGACAGUGACUCUGAUUCUGAAACAGACUCCUCUGAUGAAGAUACAAAAAGGAGAUCAAAGAAAGCCAAGAAAAAGGAAAAGAAGAAGAAACGCAGAUCGAAGAAACACAAGAAAAAGAAGUCUAAGAAGAACAGAAAAGAUUCCAGUGAUUCAAGCUCUAAAGAUUCCCAAGAAGAGUUUCUGGAGAAUCCCUGGAAGGAUCGAUCAAAGCCUGAGGAACCCUCGGAUUUAAUUGGCCCAGAGGCUCCAAAAACACUUGCCUCUCAAGAUGAUAAACCUCUGAACUAUGGCCAUGCCCUGUUACCUGGUGAAGGUGCAGCUAUGGCUGAAUAUGUAAAAGCUGGAAAACGUAUCCCACGAAGAGGUGAAAUUGGUUUGACAAGUGAAGAAAUUGCAUCAUUUGAAUGCUCGGGUUACGUAAUGAGUGGUAGCAGGCAUCGCCGAAUGGAGGCUGUGCGACUACGGAAAGAGAACCAGAUCUAUAGUGCAGAUGAGAAGAGAGCUCUUGCAUCCUUUAACCAAGAAGAGAGACGAAAGAGAGAAAACAAGAUUCUGGCCAGUUUUCGAGAGAUGGUAUACAGAAAAACUAAAGGGAAAGAUGACAAAUAAGGAUUUUGGGCUUGUUCAGUGGACGUUUUUAACAGAAAGUCCGGGUUUUAUAUAUACCUACAAAAAGAUUGUUACAACCUGAAAAGUUUUGCAGUGCUACUGUGCCUUCUAUUUAAUUCUUUCAGUCUUUCAAUAAAAAGCUGUUUAUUGAUAUAACAUUAGCAAGUUCUUGGGGUUAUUUUGAUUGACCAUAAAACUUUCUGGUUUAAAAAUCCAAAUUACAAAUGAAAUCCUACUGUAUUGGGGGAGGUGACAUUGAGAGAAAAUGUCAGUGGGAGUAAAAGAAAACUAUACUUGAACAAUAAUUGAUUUUUUAAAUAUAUAUAUUUAAAAUGUUUUAAAAGAAAAAAAAUGUCAGUGAGAUGAGAAACUUAACUCUCACACCAUGGGACAGUGCUACUCAUAGCUCUACAUGACAUCCGCCCCCACCCCAACUGAACUGGUGGGAAAUUACCAUUCCUCUAUAUUGAGUAUAUUAUGAGUAGACUUGAUAGAAACAUACAGGAGGCCAGUUUUGUCAACACAAUGAACGCAUUGCUGGAAAAAGAAAAUCUGGAAUGUGAAGAUUGACUUUUAUUUUACAAUAUAUAUCAUCCGCCCUGCGAAUAAUGUACUUUGGUUUUAGUCCCUGACCAAUCCCCAAACCAGCAAAUAAACCAAAAAGCAAACUAACCCACAGACUUGUUGAAUUGAAAAUGUGAACAUUAGUUUUAAAAAUUCUUAGUAGGUUACUUAAAAGUUUUUUUCCAAAUAUAAAAUAUUGGAAAGUCUGUUGUUGUGCCACUAUAAGUACAUUAUUUCCAUCUAAGCUUUAUGUAGGUCAUAAUUUGAAUACUAGAAAUUAAUGGAAGUCAACUAUGGUCAGUAGCUUAAUAGGGAAAAAUCUAAUGAAUCAUUAUUUUAACUCGGUUUAUAAGGAUGAAACUAAAAUGAUAUUAAACAUUUUGCCUGUCUUUUAUAUAAUAGGCAGAUUUUAUUUUAAAUGUUGUUUAACCUUUCAGAUUGGUUUUUACAUCCAUGAUUCAGUUUAAUCUCUAACUUUGUAUAAAACCCCCGCACUUUAUCACUUUUUUAUGUCUACUAUUGACUUUUAAGUUUGGGAGAAGUGGAAAAUUUUGGAACUAUGAGAUUACAGUCUUUUUCCUUCCCUAUGUCAUUCAGUUUUAGUCAUUAGGUCACAAGAGUGAAGGGGGAGGGGACAGUGGAAGUUCGGGUUGUUUUUGUUAAGGUUGUUUUGAGCUGCAUUACUAUUUUGUACCUAGGAUAAAUUUAAAUUUACCUGGGUGAUAAGGAAAUUCUGACUCUGCUCUUAUAAAAUGCCCUCUUCUCUCUCCUUAGAAUAGUUUAAAGUCAUUUUUUCAAAGUUUUAAAAUAAGGCAGUAAGAUUUCAAAGCAUAAAUCAGAACUUUUACUCUCUUUAGCAUAUAUUCUGGGAAAAUGUCUACCUUUAACCCACAACUAAUGAACUAAACAGCCAGUUGGGAUGUAGCAACAUGUAUGGCCCCUGAAUUUGAAGUGAUUUCUAUUUAUAAUUAUUGCUGAGAAAUUCGGUUUUUUCCAAAAGUUAAAAGGAAACUAACUAGGUCCCAAAUUUAUGAGUUGUAAUCCAUCUACUUCCCUGUGUAAUAAAACCAAAAUUUAUAAUCCCCAUUUAAAUAUUUUGUUAUCUAAGAAUGUUAUUUCUUGUUACUGGCUCCUAGACCUAAAUGAGCCUGUUCUCUUAUUUCUAGUAGGCAAGAUAGUUCAAAUGCAGCAAUUUUGUGAUACAUGAAUAUUAUGGAUUUUUAUGAGAUUCUCCUGUCUCCUCCACGGAGCAGAUACCCAACAAAUGCUUGUUGAGUAAAUAGAAGAAAAUAUAUUAACUUAAUUUCAGAGCUUUACCAUUGCUUUCAUCAGUGUUCAGGAAAGAUGUGCCAAGAAUAGCUUUGGUGGCAUAUUUUGGGGGAAAGGGGAAAGAAGAAUAAAAGGGCUGAAAGAAUUUUAUUUUCAGCUCAUGAGAGUUACUACUUCAAACUGUGUGCUUAGUCACCGGAGCCAUAAUUCUAAUAGGAGGGCUGUUGUAUUUGAAAUACUACAUUUUUUUCUUCUCCAGGGAGACUUCUCUAGUUUCCCACCUCCUUACCUGUUGCUCUAAAAUUUUCCUUCCUUUUUUUAUUUGUUGCAUAAAUAUAACAGUUAAAAAAAGAAGAAAAAAACUACCCACAUUCUUACCACAUCAACUGUCUUCAGGGUUCUGUGUUCACUUCCAGUGCUUGUCUAUGUAAAUACGUAUUCUGAUGUACCUAUGAGUAAUCACUCCUAAUGUAAUUUGUCUUUGGUAUUUUAAAAUUUUGCAUCCAGGCAAGACAGCCUCACUGGGAUGGUAGGAACAAUUGAUAAUCUGGUGUGAGGAUGGGAAGAAAACAAGAAAUAAGUGAGGGUGGAGACCGAGCCUUCCGUGGGUUUUUUUUUUGGCCCCCUUUUUUUUUUUUGCCCCCAGUCCUGAAACCACACUGCUGCCAUCAUGAUUGUGAUGAUGCCCAGUUUGAGUUUCAGACUGUGUUUAACAAGGAGGCUUACCUCACAGUAAAUGAAGGGGUCUGUGAGUAGAGAAACCCGUCAGACUGACUGGUUAUGUUAUGAGCCAUAGAACUGUUGCCAUUUUUCUGUUCCCCAUCUGUGCUCAUAAAGAGGUGUAUCUGGGCAAGACACAGGCUCAAAUGGGGGGAAGAGCAGUCAAGUAGCAAUCUCUGUUGCUCUGGGAGGUGAAUUUUAGCAGCUCUCCAAACUCAGCUUCUAUAUCUGUAAGACUCUGAGUGAGGCAGAUAGUGAUGGGGAAAAACUUUGAGAAAAUAGAAAACAACUUAGUGGUUUACUCUGUUAGCAUGACGGAAGUUGCCAAAUGGAAAAUGAAUGAAUGCAAAAAAAAUACAGCUGGAUUGUGUGCCACAAGUUUAUUAUUCAAUAAAUGUUUUGUGGUUUGA